AUGCCGUGCGAAGGUUGCACUUGUGGACUACGUGAAAAUGGCGGGAACGAAGAAGACAUUCUCGGGCAAACCCCUGUAGGCGUGAGGUCUUUCACCGCUCCAGCGGACGAAAGCGGAGAGCCAGAGGGAGUUGAACCGGCGGUGCCACUACGAUCCAAGCAAUGGUGGAAUAAUCCUUCUGAUGGGUUGGCAGACAUGUGCGGAGCUUAUGUUGAGAGGUAUCUAAACGGCGGUCUUACCAUGAAUGAGAUCGCGAAUAAGCAUAAGCCGAUCAUUGGAAUCGCUCAGACUGGUUCCGACCUCGCACCUUGCAACUCUGGUCACGUUCAGCUCGCCAAGCGUGUUCGCGACGGAAUCAUCGCUGCUGGUGGUACACCAUUUGAAUUCCCGUGCCAUCCUAUACAAGAGACUACGAAACGUCCAACUGCAUCCCUCGACCGAAAUUUCGCGUACUUGUCGCUUGUAGAAGUACUUUUUGGGUAUCCUAUGGACGGAGUCGUUCUUCUGACUGGAUGUGACAAAACUACUCCAGCCCUCUUGAUGGCGGCGGCUACGGUUAACAUCCCUGCUAUCUGCAUGAAUGUGGGACCCAUGUUGAAUGGUGAGUCCUUUGUCGUUAUAACCGAGCUGAAUGGUACAGGUUAUGCUGGUCAGCGUCUUGUCGGUUCGGGUACCGUUCUAUGGGAUGCAAGAGCUGCUCUGGCAGCGGGCAAAAUUGAUCAAUUGCAAUUGAUGCAGACCGUGGCUACGUCUGCUCCCAGUCUUGGACAUUGCAAUACCAUGGGAACAGCUAGUACAAUGAACGCCUUGGCCGAAGCACUUGGUAUGGCGCUUCCCGGUAGUGCUUCAAUUCCUGCACCUUAUCGAGAAAGGGGUGCUUGCGCAUAUCAGACCGGGCGUAGAAUUGUCGAUCUCGUUCGGGAAGAUGUCAAGCCUUCCGAUAUUUUGACGAGAGAGGCCUUCGAAAAUGCCAUUGCCUUGAAUACCGCCAUUGGAGGUUCCACCAAUGCACCAAUCCAUCUCAACGCUAUCGCCAAACACAUUGGAGUUCCACUUUCCAAUCAAGAUUGGCAAGAUGUCGGUUAUAAAUUACCGUUACUAGUGAACAUACAGCCUGCUGGUGAAUAUCUAUGUGAAGAGUAUCAUCGAGCUGGCGGUCUCCCUGCCGUGACUGCCGAACUAAUCAAGCAUAAUCUUCUUCCUCAUCCCGAUGCUUUGACGGUCUCUGGCAAGUCAAUGGGAGAUAAUUGUCGGAAUGACUUUUCGACCGAUCGUCGAGUGAUUCGCUCUAUCUCAAACCCCGUCAAAACUUCAGCGGGUUUCCUGCAUCUCUCCGGAUCCCUGUUCGAUAGUGCUAUAAUGAAGACGUCCGUGAUCAGCAAAGCGUUCCACGACCAGUAUCUAAGCAACCCAGACGAUCCGAUGGCUUUCGAAGGUCCUGUAGCGGUGUUCGAUGGUCCUGAAGACUACCAUCAUCGUAUAGAAAAGGGAGAUGACAUACAGGCUGGAACAAUUCUUAUCAUGCGAGGAGCAGGUCCACAAGGCUAUCCUGGAGCCGCUGAAGUCGUGAAUAUGAUACCUCCUGGUCGUCUGAUCAAGAAAGGUAUCGAAUUACCGUGUAUUGGUGAUGGACGACAAUCCGGUACCUCCGGUAGCCCCUCAAUCCUCAAUGCAUCACCCGAAGCGGCCACCGGUGGAAAUCUUGGUCUUCUCCAAGAUGGCGAUGUCGUACGAAUUGACUUAGCAAAGGGGCGAGCGGAUAUCAAGGUUGAUCCCGAAGAAUUGAGGGUAAGACGGGAGAAGAUGGGUCUAUACAAAGGUCCUAAGAGUCAGACACCUUGGCAGGAGCUCUUCAGAGAGAAUGUCAGUGAGCUCUCGGAAGGUAUGGUCAUACCAAAGGCAGUCAAGUAUCAACGUUUGGCUCAGACUGCAGGUAUACCCAGGCGUAAUCACUAG